GACGGUUGGUUUAAAACUCCAGCUACGGCUCGCCUACGUGCCGGGUAACUCAUUAUGCGGUACCACGUCAGAGAUGUAUAAGCAAGAGUGCGUGUUUCUUUUCCCGGUAAGAAUCCGACAAUGGUUUGUGGCUUCGAUGGGCUUGCAUUAUCCCCCGCCAGCCGUCGAUCGAACACACCACUCUAUCUCAAACACCAUGGAACAACACAGUCGCAAAUAACGUCAAUGUCAGAUCUCAUGUCAUAAGGGCUCCAGAUCAUUUCGCGGAUACUUCUCACUGCUGUCCUCCUCGUAUUGUCACACUAGCGGCAAUUUGGGGUUUGCGUUCGUCAGCCCCACCUACCAUUUACCCCACGAUGGAGGACAGUACCGAGAUACCACAGGUACCGAGCGACUUACCCCAGCACAUGCCGAACUUCGGCAUGGGAGUGCAAGAGUGGCAAGUCCUCAUAAACGAGGACACGGGGCUGCUUACUCGUCUGUCGACUGCUCCAGAUCAAGCGGCACUUGAAGUUCUUGGGUAAGCAAUUCCUCGUAUCGUAGCGAGGAUGGCGACCGCGUUCGAAGAAGCGAUUACGAAGGCUGUUGCGGAAGAGGUCGUUCCUGGGGCAGCCGUGAUUGCGGUCGACAAAAAUGGAGCCACCAAAUAUGCAAAGGCGUUCGGCAACACGAACGUAGGACCAACUGGUAAGCCAUGGCAGUUGGAUACUACAAUGUGGUUAGCCUCAUGCACCAAAAUUAGCACGGCUGUCGCGGUGAUGCAGUGUGUUGAAAAGGGACUGUUGUCCCUGGACAACCCCAUCAGCAACAUCCUGCCAGAAUGGAAGGAGGCCGAGAUCCUGACAGGAUUCGAUGAGAACGACAAACCAAUCUUGAAAAAGGCCACCAAGUCGCUCACCUUGCGACACCUUCUGACGCACUCCAGCGGAUUAGGGUACGUGAGGAUGAACCCAUUGUUGGAGAAAUAUGCAAAAGCACUGGGGAAGCCGCUCGACCACCCACAAACGACCAUCAGGGACGACUUUAAGCUUCCAUUGCUGUUCGAGCCCGGCGAAGGCUGGGAGUAUGGAUGUUCGAUCGACUGGGCUGGCAAGAUGGUCGAGGAGGUCAAUGGUGGCAUCCGACUCGGAGAGUACAUGGAGAAGAAUAUCUUCGAGCCGCUGGGCAUGACCUUGACCUCUUUCCGUCCCAGUGAGCACCCUGCUGUCAAGGAUCGCCUGGCUGGACGACCGUUUCGCACGCCAGAAGGAAAGGUCAUUCCUGAAGCUCCAAAUGUCGGCAUGUAUCCUGUCCAAGAGCCCCAGGAUGACUAUGGAGGUGCAGGCCUACACAGCUGCGCGCAGGAUUAUAUCAAGCUGAUUGCCUCUCUGCUGGCAAAUGAUGGGAAGCUGUUGAAAUCCGAGUCCGUUGACGAGCUCUUCCGUCCCCAGUUGAAGGAUACCAAGUAUAUCCAAGCCGUCAUGGAUAAUCCUGAAGCCGCGGCGUUCCUGGCCCCGAGCUUCGGUACCGGCGUCAAGUGGAACUAUGCAUUGGGCGGUGCGGUGGCGGUGGACGGAGUAGAAGGAAGGAUAGAUGCCGGCACGAUGCACUGGGCCGGCCUUCCGAACUCGUUCUGGUGGAUUGACCGCCAUAGAGGUAUCGGUGGGGUGUACGCCAACCACUUCUUCCCUCCGGCAGAUCCACCCACGCAGAAGUUGUUCGCACUGUUCCAGAGAGAUAUGUACACUCUGGCCGGCUAAUCUGUUAUUGGCCGGGAAGGAACGUCAGCCUUCAGCAAGAGUGAGCAAGUUGUACCUAGAUGGGAGAAAAGGGUAUUUGAGACAUUACAUAUACUGGCUAUUAUACCACCACAGGUUCUUCCCGUGUGGGCCCCCAAUCUGACCAACUGCGCACACCUCAGAAUCUCGAUUCCGUUUUUCCGACUACUUGUAGACGGUCACCCCGCCCGGUUGGACCGUGACU